CAAUCGUUCCCUGUGCAAGCCAUAUUGGAGAUAAUUUAUUUCAUGUCUCGUCCUCUCACCUCUCCCCAGGCUCGCGUCCCCGUGACUGCGGUGAUCUGUACGCCAGCGGCCAGCGAGAGGACGGCAUCUACUCUGUGUUCCCUGUGCACCACCCUGCAGGCUUCCAGGUCUACUGUGACAUGACCACAGAUGGAGGAGGCUGGACGGUGAUCCAGCGCAGGGAGGAUGGCUCGGUCAACUUCUUCAGAGCAUGGGAGUCCUAUCGUGAGGGAUUUGGCAAGAUCACCGGUGAACACUGGCUCGGGCUGAAGCAGAUCCAUGCUCUGUCCAUCCAGGGCAACUAUGAGCUGCGGAUCGACUUGGAGGACUUUGAAAAUAGCACCGCUUACGCCCAGUAUGGAACCUUUGGAGUGGGCCUCUUCUCCGUCGACCCUGAUGAUGACGGCUAUCCUUUGACUGUGGGAGACUAUUCUGGCAAUGCAGGUGACGCUCUGCUGAAGCACAAUGGGAUGAAGUUCACCACCAAAGACCGGGAUAACGACCACUCGGAGAACAACUGCGCCUCCUUCUACCACGGGGCCUGGUGGUACCGCAACUGCCACACCUCCAACCUGAACGGGCAGUACCUGCGGGGCCAGCACACCUCUUACGCCGACGGCAUCGAGUGGUCCACUUGGACCGGCUGGCAGUACUCCCUCAAGUUCUCCGAGAUGAAGAUAAGACCCACCCGUGACCAAGACAAAAAAUAAGACAGACAGCAGGAAAAAGUUACAAACAUUACCAACCACAAUUUCUGACAGCUAGGCGGAGUUUCUUGAUAUAGUUUAUUCACUAAAACAUACCUCUGUGAGUUUAGUUCCCUCCCUAUGUUUCGCUUCCUUUUUGCUCCCCCAUCAUUCAGCUACUAGUGUCAUGCAGGCUACCAUUAUUCUUCCUCAUGGUCCCUUUCUUAAAAAAUAACCAUCAUCAUUCAUAUUUCUGAUCGCUCAGCUCACAAAAGCAACAUACCAGAGCUCUGAAAUCCACAGUCCACUGAGCUAGCUUUACUCAGUCUGACAUGGCGGUCCAAGCAUCGCCGGCAGGAUCACACACUAGUAAUUCGCUCCUGACAUGUGGCUCUGACCUCCCAUCUGCGCUGACAUGGCACUUCAAUUGUGGUUCAGUCUCACUGCCCAUAGCUGUAUAAUCUGUGAACGCUCCAAAUAUAGUAUAAAACAAACAAACCCUUCACAAAAAAGUGAAAAAGGAGAUACAAGAUCCUCCAGUGGUGAGGAGAGACAGCGCAGUGGUAUACUGUGUCACAUGUACAUCCCUGAUCCGUGUGAAUGAGACCCAGCAGGGUUAGGGGAAAGGAGUGCAGCAUCUCAGAUAAUUAGAAAGAGACAGAGAUGGAGAGAACGGGGAAACAAUUUGACAAGAGUUAAAUCAGUCGAGAAAGAAAGGGGGGCAGUGCGAAUCAGAGGCGAGUGAGGAAGUGGAAGGAGAGGAGGUGCAAAAAGAAAGAGACAACGCAGGAUCUCAUUCAUCUGACUUGGGCCAUUAGGGAGCAUAUUGGGCACUUUGUCUGAUCUGCCUGCCAGCUGAGUACUGGCCAACUGAUGCAGCACUCACAGAUGGUAACCCAGCACGUGUGUGUGUGUGUGUGUGUGUGUGUGUGUGUGUGUGUGUGUGUGUGUGUGUGUGUGUGUGUGUGUGAGAGAGAGAGAGAGUGUGUGUGUGUGCGAGUCUACGACAGGGAGCCACGGACAGAGUUCUCUAACAUUAUCAAGUUCCUGUCAUGUGUUCAGUUGAGCGUCUCCAUUGACCAUGUUUAGCACCGACAGACUCAACAUGGCGCAUGGCUGGCACACUUUCACUCCCUUCAUUAAGGUAGUUUGCGUGGGAUAACAGCGCCCGUAAUGUAUGUAAAGUAAUAGAAAGGAAAAACUAAAUUCAAGAGGGAUGACAACAUUUAAGAUGAAUCAAAAACUGUAUCAGACCUUCCCUAGUUUAUUAGAUUGUAUCGGACUUGUUAAGGACAUUUAUAUUCGUAUUUGACAACAACCCAUCCCAUUCCCACCUUUUUAUUUGUCCUCUUUUUGUUUUUAGUUGCUUGUUAUAGGUUUUACUUGUGUGACACAUUGUCUCAUGUCAUGAGAAAAGGUUGAGAAAGUUGCUGUAAAAUAAGAUUUGACGCUCUCAACCGCCGUCUUCUGAGUAGGAAUUCUACAAUGUGUUAUGGCCAAAACAAAAUCCGCAAAUAAAAAAAGAAUAAUAAUAGAAAAGGAAAAAAAACAUUUCAUGAAGUAAAAAACACAAAGGCAAACUGUGGGCAGAAAAUAGUGCAAUCCUGAUUUCCCGUCUCUAUCUUUAUUUUUCAAGUCGGUGAAUCAACCUUUGUCUUUGUUUCAAGUUUAUUUGGAUGUACUAAAAGCUUUAAAAAAAAUCUGUAGAUUCUAUUGUACAGUGUGUUUGACUUUUAGAGCAUGUGAAGCUGUUUUCUUACUAUGCUACAACACAAAGAAUACUCAAGCACAUGGACUUCACAAAUCCACCAGUUCAAAAAAAUAAAUAAAGAGUAUUUACAGAACUUUUCUCGACCUGAUCAACAAGUGGGAGUGUCCCGUGCCGCUCUGAAGGUCGGAUACGAGUGAAGAGGAGGAAUUUGAUUAUCCCUAAAGCACACGCCCGUUCAAAUCUGCAGCACAAAUAUAAAUAUUAUGGAGGCACAAUAAGAGAGGGAUUUUGGCACAUCGCUGCCAGCUGGAAACAAAUGAUCUUUCUGACAUCUUGGCAUUUGCGUGGCACUGGGAGACAGUUUUAAAUGUGUUGCUGCCCCAGCUGACAGUGAGUUAAAGUGUAGCACUGCUGCGCUGAAUGCCUAUGACUCUGGAUCUGCUGCGAGUUGUUCCGCCAUCACCGUUUCUGGAAGGAUCUCCCGCGGCUGUGUGUGUUUCUGCAGCACCUCGGCUGUUUUACAUACAGAUCUACGUCUCUGAGGACAUCAGCCUCUUCUCUUCAACAUUAAAAAGCACAGACUCAUGCUACAAAUACUUACUGAUGUUAUUAUGGCACAGAGUGUGAGGUUUGAAAAUGUCAGAGGAUAUGGCAAAUUGCAAAUGAUUGAAGUCACUCAAGGGGAAGGAGCUGGACUGCGUGUGAGAACGAAUGUGAGAGUGUGUGUGUGUCCCUGUGUUAGACAGAGGGUGUGUGUGUGCACAUGUGUGUGUCUACAGUGUCUCUGUGUGUACACAUAUAUGCACAUGCUGCGGUUUGUACAUGCCCAAUGUGCAUGAGCCAGACGACAGAGCGGGAGUGCGUCUUUGUGGACAUUUUUGAAGUAUUGUGAUGCUUAUGUACAACUUGCCUCCCCCCCCUUGCUAUUUGUGUUGAUAACAGAGAGAUUUACAUAAUUAUAAUGAACUAUUACUUAUUGUGAUUGUGAACCCAUAAGAGUGGACACCACCUUCUGGUACUGUGUUGAACUGCGCUCGAAACCCUUAAAAUCCCCCCGAGAACCCACUCCCUAAAUCUCCAUCCACCUCAACGCAGCGUUGUGCCCACUGUAUAUGUUGAUGCUAGUUUCCCCCUCUUGUUAUUUAAAUGUAAAAGUAUAAUUUGCCAUGCCCCCCUUCUGCGUUCCUGUUGAGUGAAUGCCUUUGUAGUCACCCUCUCUGCUGCGGCUUGCUAAGUUUCCAACGGAGGUUGAUGAUAAUAGAGUGAAAUCAGAGGCUCUAAUCAUUCCAAGUUAUCCCGCUCAUUACAGUGCAUCGACCCCCCCUGAUCGACCCCCCCCGGUCCCCAAACCUCCUAUCUUUCUUACUGUGUACCUCCUUAAUUGCCUUAGCCUCUGCUGCCAAUUCCCCCUCAUUCCAAAGCUCCUAAAUUCUGCUCCCAGCCCCCGACUCCCUGCCUCUUUAUUGCUAUGCUUUUUCACUCUCAGUCCCAGCGCAGAACUAACUCUGUUCUUCUUUUAGUUUUGGUGAAGUACUAUAGAUUGUUUUGCUGAAUCUUGAUACUGUGUUUUAAUGUUCUUGUCGACAUUUAAUAAACAUUCACAUUUUAUAAAUGGG